GUCUGGGGGGGGGGGUCCACAUGCUACAGGAUAUAUUGUGAAACUCUUGCACCUAACAGGAUUGCUCGUCACUGUCCACACAUUGAUGUACAGCUCUGUCCUUCAUGAGGCAGCAGAAAAGGCAUCACGUUAAUUUCUCAGCAGAAUCAGCACAGCUUGCUAAUACCAUGGAUAAACAGUCCACGGUGGUGUUUCGAAAUGUGGGGCAACUGUACUUCCCCCAAACCAGAGUGGAGUGCCACUACAGUUUGACCUCUGACCAUCAGUGGAGCAGCACUGACUGGAUAGGGAUUUUUAAGGUGGGCUGGUCUUCACUGAAAGAGUAUCACACUUACACAUGGGCACUUGUUCCUGAAGGCUACACUGAAGGAACCAAUGUCAACUGCUGUGCACUAUUUCAGGCAUUUUACCUGCCACGCCCCAGUGCUACGGAGUACCAGUUUGUGUAUGUGGAUAAGAAGGGAGAGGUUUGCGCCCGUAGUCGGCCCUUCACUUUUUGUGCCCCUAAGCCGCUGGAGGAGCUGGAGACUCUGAAAGAGGAGCAAGAUGAGGAGGAUGGAGAGGAAGAGCUGCUCCUGGUCAUUCCAAGAGCUCAGCUGCUGCAGAGUCGACUGGAAGAAUGCCAGAAAGAACAAGCAGAGUUACAGCAGGCUCUGGAUGUGGCCAAAAAGGAGGCCGAGAAGGAGAAAGAGAAGAGCAAAAAAGCAAAGAUGGAGUGGGAACGUGAGAGAGAAGUGAUGCAGGAGGAGAUUUCAGAGCUUAGAGAAAACGUGAAGCUCCAGUGUGAGAUGUUGAAAAAGAUAAAGGGAAAACAUGAGGAUGUGAAAUAUAGUCAGGAAAAUCUAAACUCUGAACUGAGUAAACUUUUGGAUGAAAAAGCUGAGAGUCAGCAGCAAAUCAAAGACCUGGAGGAUGAAAUCAAGGUCCUGACUGACAAGGAGAAAGAGGAAAAUGUGGAAAUGGAAAGGCUGAAGGAAAGAUUAAAGAAAAUGUCCAAACAAAUGAAACAUGAUGAGGAAAAGAGAAAGUCUCUGCAGAUGGAGAAUGAGGCUUCUCUGGCAGAGGUACACGGGCUGCAGGAGCGUCUGGAGGCCAGUGAGCAUGUAGCUGAGUGCCUGCGCAGGGAGCUGAGGGAGCUGGGAACCCGUCAAGGUCAUACCCACACCGAGCUGCACCAAGCCCGCCUGCAAGUCGCCCAGCUCACCCUGCAGCUGUCUGAGGAGAACCUGGUCCUCAGGGAGGAGCGCGCCAACUGGGCCCUGGAGAGAGAGGCUUAUAGACAUGCAGCAGAAACUGAGAAAAAGAAAUUACAAGACUUGAGCGGUGAGGUGCAGAGGAAGGAGCAGUGGCUCCGGGAGGAGAGGAUGGAGAGGGAGAAACUAGAGGUGGAACUUGGGAGAGAGAGGGAUUGCAAUAAAGUGCUGCUGAGCGAUGCUAAAAGAGAGCUGCAAGAGCUGAAGGCCAGUGUGAGGAAGUCUGAGAGGGAGAGAGAGGAGCAGCAGCUGGACAAACAGAUCUAUGGGUUUGAAACUGGACAUUCACAGAAUAUGCUGAAAUACAUCCGUCACUUAGAGCAGAAGUUUGGGGUUGGGCCAGAAACUAAAUCAAAUGGAGACGUUCCCACAUCCAUCUCUCCUGACUCUUCCUCUGAGGUUAACAAGGAUACUUCCUCGAGAUCAGUCUGCUCGCCUCUGUUCCUGGAACCACCCAACGGAGCUGAGAUCCCCGCUGAGACACACAUCCAGAGCGAAGAAGACACAUCAGCCUCUGACACACAGGAUGAGAAGCGGCAGGACUGUGAACCCCGAGCUGGUGAAGGGAAGCAGCUGAUCCUAGAAGAACUCGUCAACCCUGUCCUGAGUAAGCUGGCCGACUCCCCCAUGUGGUAACAGGAAGAAGGAUGGAUGGAGGACAGACCGCUUUAACGUACUGUAUGUGGGUCAUUAGGAAACCUAGUGAUGUUUGUAAUUCUAUUGAUAAUUCUGUUGUUGUUUUGAAGCUGUUUAUGGAUAAAAUGCCCUUCACAAAGGUCAUAUUUGUGGUCACUCAUGGAUGCCUGUAUUCAAAGAAAAACAUGGCACAAUUUUAAGUCUUAAGAGUUCAGACUGUUUCCUUUUUUGCGUACUUACUUUACUUACAAGGGCUGAGUUUUUCUUUUUCUUUUUAAAAUGAUUCAUUUUGAUUCUAUGUGUAAUUCCUAGAUUUUGCAGCUUUUUAGUAGAUUAAAAUGAAGAUAUGAUGCUAGUGAUGUGAGAAAACUGUUAAAUGAUGCCGUGAUUAAGUUGAGUUAAUAACAAUACAUCGUGUUUUGGUGGCAUAUCAGCCCAUAACCUUUGCAUGUAAGUGUGAAUCCUGAAACUGUGUCAAAUGUGUGGGUGUGUGUUACAGAUGAGUGUGAAAUGUUCAGUUCAGGAGAUUUCAGAUUGGAAGAACAUGAAAGAUUAUUUAUGGUACUUUUGUUUAUUGAUCUUAGCCUCUGCAGGAGGGAUGAAGCUCUUUAAUAAAAUAUGAUAAAUACA